AUGCUGGAAUCCCCUUCGCCGAUGCGGGAGAGUUUUAUCGACCCCCCUACGACGAUCACGCGGUUUAAUCAAAACCACCGCCCGAUUUCCCUCCGACGACGAAUCGACGGCGCCACGGACGUCGCGAUGCGCCCGGUUGAGGGGUUUGGGGCGAUUCACGAGGCUGAAAUCGCGCGGGAAACAAACCCCCCUCCCCUUCCUCCCCGCAGCUACGGGGAACGCGGUUUGGAGGAUCUUUCCUGUCGAUGGGCGCAGAAAUUUUACGGGCAGGUGACGUUCGCACCGCGAAACUACCCUUACCCUUCCUCCCGUUGGCUUGCGCGACGCUUUCAUAUGAAAAAGCACCGUAUUUUAAAGCGUUUUCGGUUUCGUCGAUAUAAACUCGCGGCGGUAGCGAAUCUGCCGUUCGCGAAGAUGAUUCGCGUCGGGAUGUUGCCGGAGUUGAAGAGCAGCAAAACGAAGAAAGCCGACAUCGUUGAGGGCAGGCUCUCGGAGCAGCUCGUUAAGGCCGCGAAAUCGAGCAAAGGGGGGAAGACGGUUGGGAAACGAACGAGACCGAAGUCAAAGUAUCAGGUUUAG